ACCCUAGUUACAAGCUCUCGUCGCGAAAGAGACUGGAGCGAGUGUCAUGGGGUAGUCGCCAUAUUGGGUUAUCUACACGUGCAGAACUAUUUUACUAAUAUCAGCAAGCAUGGCGAGUUUUGGACAUGUAAUUGAACUUGUUGGUAAGGUUGCGAACCGAUUCAUUGUCAUAUCCGUAGGAUUUGGUAUCGGUGGACUUUUUAUUUACAAAAACGCGGCCGAGGCUUUCCCAAAUCAGGUGUGCAAACCCAUCGUUGGUCUGAAGGACGAAGAUGGCAGCCUUUUGGAAGUCCCCGCGCGUAUAAGAACACAGUUCGAUGUAGUGUUGAAUAAGUUUGGCUACACGUCUGCCGACAAGAUAAGCUUGUUCAUAAAUCAGGGUGUACAUCCGAUGUCGGUGGGUUCAACCUCCUUUCCAAACGGAGCUGUUGUAAGCAUGCCAAAAUGGUACAUUUUUGAGAAUUACAAAGACAUAGAAACUUGUGGAAUUACUUUUCAAGGAAGGGACAUCAGAUGGGAUUCUGAACUGGGUGUAAAGAUCAAAGAAUGCUUGCUACCCAGUGAUGACAUGAUAGCUUUUUGCAUCGCGCACGAGGUUGCCCAAAUGCAGCGUUUAGACUACAAAGCUAUCAAUGCCGUUCUUGCACCAACUUGGUUGUACUUGACAUAUAAGCUUGCCUACGUUGGCCCAAGGAUGUUGCAACUUCACACAGUGCUGGAUAUACUCUUUAAGCUUGUUCUCUGUCGCCUGAGCUAUCUUUGUUAUAAACAAGUGCACAUGAAACUCUAUCAUGAUGUAGUUCACCAAGCGGACCUCACGGCUGCAAAGUGCGAGCCCAGAAUGCUACAAGGUGGCAUAGACAUGUUCACUAAAAAGUUAGAAUUGAACCGCAUCCGACGCAGACUGAUGGGGAGGAAAGGACAGAGUUGUUUUACAGAGGAAGGGAAUGACGUUGAGUCUCUCGUAUACCCUCUGUUGACUGACAGGCUUGAGCGACUGAAGGUUUUAGAAAGAGAGUCUACAAAUACUGGUAUGUCGAGUGGUAAUCAGGCAGAGGGCAGUAAAAGCAGCUGAUGAAGACAUGCCUCCUUUACAUCCUUGACCUUCACCAGUGAUUUGAUGUUUAGUCUCAGCAAAUCUUGUUACUCUAAGCAGAAUUCUCCUGCAAAAUAUUGAAUUUGUUCAGUAAAUUAUUUUUGAUCUGAGAGCUAAAUCUGAAGUUCUCAGUAACAAAUGUUUUCCCUCAAAGAUUAUCAUUCACAUCUUAGAAAAAGAGGCUAGCCAACCAUUCUUUUGAUGAUCUGCUAAAAAUAAUAAAAAAAAUUGAAUUGCAAA